AGGGGCUGCCAACACAUGCGGCGCUUCUGCAGGUGCGAGGACAAAAUAAACGCUCCGAAACGCACGGGAAUUGAACCAUCCUUUCCUUUUACGCAAACUGAAACGGAUUACAUUUUGAGUCCUUGCGAGGCUUGCCUUUUCCGAGGGAUUUGCGUGGAGUUGUGGAGAGGAGACAGAACUAGUCUACACAGCGUGGAAGUGACUUGGAUGAGGAGAGGGCAGCACGUUCAAAGCGGAGCCGGACAGGUAUCUUUCUUUUCGCUGCUUCUUGUCAACUAACCGCGCCUUGAGAUGAGUUUGAAAACUACGCGGCUCUAUACCUUUGACUGAGGAGUAUCACACGGAGGAUUUUAAGCCACAAAACUGGGACUAACACAGCGCGACGUGGACUUCAUUUACUCGUGUGUUGAGACUCUGAUUUGUGGCUUUUACGCGCGUGAGAAUCAGAAUGUUUGGAGCGCUUUAGGCAUCCCCUGCGCAUUUUUUGAUAUUUACUCGUCUCCUUUUUUUUUCAUUUAUCACACGAGACCUAAGGCAGUGCUUGACAGGGAGAGCGGAGGAAAAGAGCCGUGAGCCAGUGCACUUGCUGCUGAUGACUGCAGCAGGAGCGAUGUAUAGGAUGAAGUGUCUCGCAUUCCGAAAGGGAGGCUUGUUUUAAUGACACUACCCGUCUCCAUACGGACUUUUACGCAGUGACUACUUUCUUUUUUAACAUUUUUUCCUCGCUCAUAAACGGACAUUUUCAUUUCCAACGGGGACAAUGAGGACUACUGGUGCAGUGGAGUAUUUGUACUAUUGCAUGCUCAUCCUGCAGUUUGUGCAUCAACCCGCUGCCAAGCAAGUGCUGCGUUACCGCUUAGCUGAGGAGGGACCCGCCGACAUCAGGGUAGGAAACGUAGCCACCGACUUGGGCAUCGUGGCCGGGGCUGGUGAGGUGACAUUCACGCUUGAGUCUGGCUCUGAUUUUUUCAAAAUAGACAACAUCACAGGUGAGCUGACCACAAAUGAGAGGCGAAUAGACCGUGAGAAAUUACAGCAGUGCCAGAUGAUUUUUGAUGAGAAUGAAUGCUUUAUAGAUUUUGAGGUGUCAGUGAUAGGACCCGCGCAGAGCUGGGUUGACCUGUUUGAAGGAAAAGUCAUCAUUUUAGAUAUAAAUGACAACACGCCGUCUUUCCCUUCCCCUGUCCUAACGCUGUCUGUGGAGGAGAACAGACCCAUUGGGACCCUAUACCUGCUGCCCACUGCUACUGACAGAGAUUUUGGCAGAAACGGAAUUGAGCGUUACGAGCUUAUCCAGGACAACGGAGAGACCCCUAGACGCUCUGGCUCAUCUGGGGACUCGUACUCGGGCAAGAGGCGGUUUGACGAGGGCGCGAGCAGGAGCAGCGUCUUUGAACUGCAAGUUGCUGACACCACAGACGGGGAGAAGCAGCCCCAGCUCAUUAUAAAGGGGGCCUUGGAUAGAGAGCAGAGAGACUCUUAUGAACUCACGCUGAGAGUUAGAGAUGGAGGGGAUCCGCCGCGCUCCUCCCAGGCCAUCCUGAUGGUCAUGAUCACGGAUGUGAACGACAACAGCCCCCGCUUUGAGAAGAGCGUUUACGAGGCUGACUUGCCCGAAAAUAGUUCCCCAGGGGCCCCUAUAUUACAGCUAAAGGCAGCCGACGCCGACGUGGGGGUGAACGGUCAGAUAGAGUAUGUGUUUGGGGCAGCCACAGAAUCAGUGCGGAGGUUGCUGAGGCUGGAUGAAAGCACGGGGUGGCUUAGUGUCCUGCACCGCAUUGACCGUGAAGAAGUGAGCCAACUGAGGUUUACUGUAAUGGCCCGUGACCGUGGACAACCCCCCAAAAUGGACAAGGCCACAGUGGUGUUAAACAUAAAAGAUGAGAACGAUAAUGUCCCUGCCAUAGAGAUACGCAAGAUUGGACGCAUAUUCCUAAAAGAUGGAAUAGCCAAUGUGGCAGAGGAUGUAGUUGUGGACACGCCCAUUGCUUUGGUUCAAGUAUCAGACCGGGACCAAGGGGAGAAUGGCAUCGUGACGUGUACAGUGGUAGGGGAUGUGCCAUUUCAGCUCAAGCCUGCUAGUGAGAUGGAGGGAGAGCAGAACAAAAAGAAAUAUUUCCUUCACACCUCUGCAGCCCUGGACUAUGAGGCCACACAGGAAUACAAUGUGGUCAUAGUGGCGGUAGACUCCGGAAGCCCCAGCCUAGCAAGUAAUAACUCUCUUAUAGUGAAAGUAGGCGACACUAAUGACAACCCUCCCAUCUUUAGCCAGAAUGUAGUGGAAGUUUCGUUUCCAGAAAACAAUGCCCCUGGGGAAAGGGUCACGACUGUACUGGCCAUAGAUGCAGAUAGUGGCAAGAAUGCAGAAAUUGCCUAUUCCCUAGAUGCGGCUGUGAAUGGGAUUUUCUCGAUUAAUGCCGACAGUGGGGACAUCAGAGUAAACACCAUUCUGGACAGGGAACAAAAAGAGAGGUAUGAAUUUAAAGUGAUCGCCAAAGAUAAGGGCCUUCCUAUAUUACAGGGAUCAGCCACUGUGGUUAUUCUCGUAGCGGAUAAAAAUGACAACGAGCCAAAGUUCAUGCAGGAUGUGUUCACGUUCUACGUGAAAGAGAACCUUGAGCCAAACAGUCCGGUCGGCAUGGUAACGGUGAUUGAUGCUGACAAAGGCCAGAACGCAGAGAUGAGUCUUUUCAUAGAGGAGGAGGAGGACAUCUUUUCUAUUGAGAACGAUACAGGGACAAUUUUUUCCACAUUGUCAUUUGACAGAGAACAGAAAACUACAUAUACUUUCAGGGUCAAGGCUGUAGACGGCGGGGAUCCUCCUAGGUCAGCCACCGCAACCGUUUCACUUUUUGUCAUGGAUGAGAAUGACAAUGCCCCUACGGUUAACUUCCCUAUAAACAGUUCCUACACGCUCCUCCCACCAUCCAGCAACAUCAGGACCGUGGUUAGAACGGUUCAAGCUAGUGACAGUGACACUGGCAUCAACGCUGACCUCAACUACAGCAUCAUUGGCGGGAAUCCUUUCAAACUGUUUGAGAUUGAUGGAGGAACUGGAGUCAUAUCACUUGUUGGGAAACUAGAGCAAAAGCAUUACGGGCUCCAUAGAUUAGUAGUGCAAGUGAAUGACAGUGGCCAGCCCUCGCAAAGCACCACCACACUUGUGCAUGUGUACGUGAACGAGACUCUAUCCAACUCUACAAUAGUGGACGCACAAGUGGCUAGGAGUCUCAGCACUUCACUUAACACAAACAUAGCAGGUGACCCCAACUAUGACCUUAGCAAGCAGCGGCUAAGCAUUGUAAUUGGAGUUGUAUCGGGAAUAAUGACUGUCAUUCUAAUUAUCCUGGUGGUCGUGAUGGCCCGCUACUGCCGCCCCAAGAACAAGAACGGAUACGAGGCGGGCAAAAAGGACCACGAGGACUUUUUCACACCUCAACAGCACGACAAAUCCAAAAAACCCAAAAAGGACAAGAAAAAGCAAAAAUCAAAGCAACCACUCUACAGCAGCAUCGUCACGGUCGAAGCUUCUAAGCCUAAUGGACAGCGUUAUGAUGGCGUGAGCGAGAAGCUUUCAGACAGUCCCGGCAUGGGCAGGUACCGCUCGGUCAACGGAGGGCCCGGGAGUCCGGAUUUGGCAAGGCACUACAAGUCGAGCUCGCCUCUGCCCACGGUCCAGCUGCACCCACAGUCUCCCACAGCGGGGAAAAAGCACCAAGCUGUUCAAGACUUGCCCCCUGCCAACACCUUUGUGGGCACCGGAGAUAACAUAUCCCUAGGAUCCGACCACUGCUCCGAGUACAGCAGUCAAACCAUCAACAAAUACAACAAACAGCCAUUUCGCCGAGUGACCUUCUCUGUGGUGAGCCAGCCCCAGGACCCUCACCAGCAGGGAUCGCUGCAGAGCUGCUACGACAGCGGCCUGGACGAGUCGGAGACACCCAGCAGCAAGAGCUCGUCGGGCCCCCGGCUGGGCGCCCUGCCCCUGCCUGAGGACAGCUACGAGAGGACAACGCCGGAUGGCAGUGUCGGUGAGGCAGAGCACAUGGAAAAUGACUCCCGGCCCCUGCCUGACGUAGCCAUGACCGGCAAGUGCACCCGGGAAUGUGAUGAGUACGGCCACUCCGACUCCUGCUGGAUGCCUGUGCACACAUCGCCCGAGCGCCGGCCAUCCAAGUCCUCCAACAAUCCCCAACAACCAAAGCUUUCCACGUUCAUGAGUGGCACUGGCAGCAGCAGCAGCAGCAGUGCCGAGCAGCCCGGCAGCCAAGAGACCCUCGCCAUGGCUGCCAUGGCCAACGGAGACCCCACCGCUGCGCACAUGAUGGGCGACCGCAACCGCAACCUGCUCAACAGGAAAAUGGCCUCCUCUUCAUCCUACGAAGCCUUUGGUUCGCCUUCCUACGGCUCUGCUGGAGCUGGGGAGGAGGUGCUGGGCCAUCCCACUGAGGAAAUCCCUCUGGCUCCCACAGGGGAGUACAAGCCCACCACGUGUGGUACUCUCACACGGCGGGAGGUAUACCUGUGAGGCCCCACUGGACACAGCUGCUGUGCCACUCUCUGUUCAAAGAACUACACCAGAGCUGCCAGCCUCCACAUAACCGCUGUAGAGAGCCCCAUGUAGGGCCUGUAGGACUAUAGUGUGCCCAAAGACUACUAUACGUGGAGAUGUACUCUUACUUUUUAAGUGCUCAUUUUGGCCAUGAACUUGAUGGAACAAGGGGGAGGGUCAUGGAUGGAACUUGUAACGUGGUCUGUCGGGCUCUUUUGACUUACCUGCUGCCUGACAGUCAAUGUGUACAGAAUCAUUUGACAUAUAGCGUACAUGCAUGCAUUACCCACUGCAGCCCCACUCCCUGAAGAGGACACUGUACAGGAAAUACUCUGUUGGCCUUUUCUACCUGCUUUUCUGGGCUAAAACACUGAACCAAAACUUUACCACAUUCAAAUCUCAUUAGGAUUGGACAGACUAAGCUUUAAGGAUUCUGCCCAGAAAAGACUCGUGUUUUUCAGAAAUUCUUUGACUGAAAUGAAACCCGAUGGAAUUUGCUGCACCACGACAACAGUUCCUACAUCCCUUCUACACUAUGGGAGUCUGCAUUGCCAGUGUGAAUGGUGACAAACUGUACAUACACAUUGGACCUCAAACCAAUACUGCUACCAUUCCCUUUUGUCUUGCUACUUUCUACAGUUUCUCAUUCACUGUCUGUUUGAACACAGUUCUACAAGAUCUUAGAGCCAUGGAAAUGGCUGGAAAAGCAUGUGGUUCCCUUAAAGGGAUGUACUAGUUGUGAUAGUGGUUACUUUGACAUAUUUCAAUGCAGGCUAUAGCACUGACUGAAUCCUUAGAAAGCACAUAGAGUGGCAUGCAGUCAUUAUAUGGCUAAAGAGGGCAUAGUAUGGCAGAUUAGCUCCAACUGAAGUUUGUUUACAACAUUCUCGUGUUAUAGAAUGAGCAAUAAAUCUCAUAACCAUACAUACGACCAAGUAACAUUCAAUACAUUCAUUUGCCUUUGAGGUUGCGUCAAGGCAAGGAAGCCUGGAUCUAUUUAGCACUAGUAUGUUGCAUUACAUAUAAGUGGCAUCGUUUAGCAUGAAUGUAAAAUUCAACAAAAUUGGAAACAAUCAAAGUAGACGAAGGCUGGAUGAUCAACGGUUAACCAAAGCUUCGUAAAACAGAAUGAAGCGUUCCCUAACACAGCAUUCAAUAGCAUCAUUU